AUGAUACUAGAAGAACAAAAGCCCUUCACACCUGAAGAACUCUAUGAAUAUCGUAAAGUCUUAGUAGAUUGGAAAUGGCGAGGCCCUGAUGCAAUUUAUUAUGUUCUUGGUUAAUUAUGUGUAAAUCUAAAAACUUUUACAAUUCUAGAAAGGAACAUUAGAAAGAGAAGCAAUAGUGCAAAGCAAAAUUUAUAAAAGUGUUUAUAUGCUUAGAGAUUCUAUAAAAAAAGCUCCAAUUUCAGAUAUGGCCUUAUAUAAUAAGGAUUAAAUUGCCAACAUUUUGGUCUAAAUAAUUCACUUAGUUUUAGUUAAAACUUAAGUCCAUUCAUAACCAAAUCAAAGAGAUUGUUACUAAACCUUCUAAAAAAGAAACUAAAAAAACCAUCUUUUCUGUUGCUAAAUAUGUAUAUACUUUAAGAAUUUUAAUUAUUAGACUGAUAAUAUUCCAUUAAGUUAAUCCAACAUUUAACUUGGAGAUUAUCUAUCUUAAGAAUAAAGAGAAAAAAUCAAAGCUAAAUUAUCAGAAUAUUUACACAAGUAAUCCUAAUAAAAAUAAUAAUAAGAACUUUUUUAGGAGGGAAAUUUGUAAUCAUAUUUUAAUAUCCUUUAGAUUAGAAAAAUGUUCUAAAUUAGCUGAUGCUCUUGAAAACAAUUUAUAUAAUAAACAUUAUUAAACUGUGGCACCAGGAAAAAAUUAUAGUUCUGAUUUAAAAACUUUGUAUUAAGUACCAUUAACAUCUAAUUCAAGUAUUUGGGUAAAGAUAAAUCAGGAACAGUGUUACACAAAUUACUUGAAGGUUUUUUUACUGUGAAUUAGGCUUCUUAAUUAUAACUUAAGGAUUGGCUUGAUGAAGAAGUUAUUAGAGAAUUAGAAAAUAGAAAAAUAGUAAUUUAAUAUCAUUAUUUAUUUAGUCUGAUAUGAAAGAUAAUGAUGCUGAUUAUUAUAGAUAAAUUCGUAUAAAUGAAAUGACUCAAUCUAAAGGAUAAGAAUGUCCAAGAUGUCAUAAUAAUUAUUUAUAUGUUAUUGAAACUAGAUAAAUUAGAAGAGCAGAUGAACCAGCAACUAUCUUCUAUGAAUGUUUUGCUUGUUAACAUAGAUACAAAGUAUGA